AUACAAAAUAGUCUUCGCUAUAUAAAUUCAUAAAUUAAAAAACAAAGAAAACAAUGGUAUUUCCUUACCUUUUGGUUUCAGGUCGGCUAUUCUAAACUAUCUUGUUAAAUAAAUAUUGCAGUAAUUUAAGUAAACGCGAUGGCAAACUUGUAAAACGACGACAAAGAAAUAUGCUUAAGAACGUGUGAACAUAGAUUGUUUUAUUAUUCAUUGCUCAUAAAUGGAAAAUUAAGCAAUUAUAUUUAAAGUAAAAAUCGUUUUAAAUAAAAACCAAAUAACUUAGUAAGGAAUAUCUGGCAAGUACGUUUAAUGAGUUUGAGGAUCACACAAUAUGUAUAAUUUAUAUACGGCCUAUAGUUAGAGUAACAGUAACAACGUCACCUGCUCACAAUUAAUAAACAAUUAUCAAUAUUAUUAACAUUAUUAAGAUUAUUAACAUUAACUAACUGUUAUUCAUAUAGCAUUCAGUAAUAAGCGUUAGUAUAUACAUGGUUUAUAACUAUUGUUGGUAUUAAUAUGCAAGACUUACGUCGAUAUUACCGAUCGGAGAUUUCGCUUGUAUUUAACCUUAGAGGAAGAAGGGUUAAAACACUUCUGUAACAAAAGCUCCCCUGCUUUCGUCCACCGCUCAAAACACGGAGGAUCUCGGCAGGUGAGGGGAAAAAAACGAUGAGGCCACGUAAUUAUAUUUAUUUGGUCCGGCUUUUGCCUCAUCCGCUCGGAACGGGAAUGGGGCUGUAGACUUUGCACACAGUUGCGGUGCGAACCAACGACCACCAUCAACUUAAUGCUGAUUAGAAAAGCUUGCAUAUUUAUAUCUAAGGAAGGCUUCCCUUUCCUUUUUUUUUUGGUAUAUAUUAUUAGCAUCCUAAUUAACGGCUGAAGCCCAGAAAGUAAUUUUUUAAGCAUUAAUUGAUUAUGUUACUCAUUUUUUUGUUUCAUAAUGGUUUCAAAUAAACUGUUUGGUUAAGGUGAUUCUAAGCAAAAUUUCAAGUAAUAGGAAUACAGUCAUUAUUGUCCUUAUACCUAUAAAAGGCAUCGAAUUUAUUUAUCAUUUAAAGCCAGCGUCACUGCAUUUACGACAAGCGUAUUUCAGCCCGCCACUGGACAUUAACAAUUCAAAUAUCACCCCAUGACAGGUCAUAGCCUCUUAAAUAGACGGAACGCGAAUAAUAUAACGUAACGGCCUAUAACAUAACUGCUUUUCAGACGCUUGUCAUACAUUGAAUUUUUGAAGACAUUGUAUUUUUGGAAGCAUGGCCUCCUACUUUGGCUAAGACCACAAACCAUAGUCCGCGUGAGUCUAGUGAGAGUUCAAAUGAGAUUGCUUAUAGAGACUACCGGCAUCCCUCACUACAGCCUAGUAAUAAACAAUAUCACCGUAAAACGUUCGCGCGGUGCCAGAAUCCGAGUCCUGCAGGCAUUACCGACCCCGACCUAUAAAAUCACAGUCAUCCGCUGGCCAAAAACAAUAUUUCUGAAAGUGAAUUCAUGCUGUGUUGGGGAGAAGCAAAAACCGCUGCUGAAACCGUGCCGCUUAACUAGCUAACGCAUUUCUCAGUUUGUUGCAGAGGGGUGAAAUAUUAUCCCCAGGUCUGGAUCGUCUUUGGUGCUACGUGGAAUGUGCAUCAUUGAGCUUUUUUUAAAGCGCUACUCGCAUCUUGUCUACGGUGACCUCGCAUUUCCAUCCGCGUCAGGCAAGCAUUCCGCCUGCACUUGGAAUGACUUUCAGCGGUCAAUUAAGGAGACGAUGGAGAAGGUACGGUCGAAUGAAUCUGAAUUUGCUUAUCUGACAAAAGCUCAAUCCAAAACUCAUGCCUUUUGAGGCAACCUUGCGUGGUUAUUGAAUUAGACAGCCAGCUACUUGCACAGACUAGUUGAUGCCCCACGAUGAUCCACACCGGUCAAUGUGUUUGAUGUUUGAUGAAAUCAAACGUUAACCGUUCUGUUUACAUUAAAGUAGCCCCAUCCAGUCUAUAUCAAAACUGUCAAAGAAGAUCAGUCCUCGUUUUUUUUCCUAGCAAGUCUCGUAGCGUGUUAGCGUCUUCCACCGUCAAGUCACCAUUUUCAGCCCAUGUCUGUUUCAUGGCUGUUAGAUAUGUUCCUGUGCUUGUAAUCGGACUAACAGCACGGCCUGUCAGUCUGACAAACGCUGCAGCUCAAAAUAAGUUUUGUCACAACCCAAGUGUAUACAAAAAAAACCGCUUAAUAUUCUUAAACCCCCUCCCUCCAGACGAUGCCAACAUCAAAAUAACCAACGAAAAAUCGGAGAAGUAAGGCAUUCCUAUUUGUAUUCUUUAACAUUCUUCGAAUUCUUUGAAGCAAAUAUUCUAAUCGUGUAUGGCGGGUGUUUAUAGCUGAGAAUAUUGGCUGCAUACUUAUUUUCUCGUCGUGGUUUUGGAAGCGCAAUACAGCUUUAAAAAAUUGGGGUAGUGGGGAGGGAAGAGGAGUAGAACAGGCGAGGUUGAGUGCUGUCACUUACUCCAGAGUCACAGAAGCACGUGAUACAUUUUCCCUCAUUCUAUUGGUCGCAGGCACGUGUCUAGGUUAUCGGACUGCGACGUCACCCGGGGGACUCGUAUUAAAAAUAAGAACAAAAAUCCGGAGUGAAAGUAUUUCAGAAUCAGUUAGCGCAUCUUUAUUUAUCUGUAGUGAAAUAAUUGAAGCAGCCCUGCCGGACCAACUCAGCAAUUCAGGAUCUCAACAAUUCAGCUCCCCAAAUGAUAUUUAUUAAGCAAAGAUAUAAAGGAUAGAUCCGUUUGGAAUUAUAGAACAAAACUAUGACUUUUCUUUGUCUGCAGAAAAAGAAAGGGGUUCUUUGUGUUUAAAUUAAACGUCGCAUACUUAAGGAUUUUUUUGAAAAUUAAUUUAAAUUAACUGAAUAACAGUUUUGAGUUGGGGGGCGGCAGAAGAUCCGUGAAGCUGGAAUUUAUCUACUUCUGUCUGGAGUGAGAAAGGGGUUAAAGUACGAAUAUUGGGAACGGAUCAGAAUGGAAGAAAAUGAUCAUAGCAACAGAGAUGCGGAGCGUCAGGAAUCAAGUGACGAGUCAAACAGAGCAAUUAUUCCGCUUUUGCAAGCGCCAGGAAACCCCCUUCCACACCGAAUAACGAACUUUUUCAUCGAUAAUAUUUUACGACCGGACUUCGGCCGCAGAAAAGAGGGAAUCUUUAACAGAGAGGACAGGAACCUUGGCGGCAGAGAGAACCGUAGUCUUUCGGUCGCUGGAACGGGGCAGGUAGGAGGGACGGUGGCAGAGGAAGGAACCUCCAGCCCUUCAGUCAACGGGACCAAGAAACCCGAAAUUGCCCGCGACCACCGUAUGAAAUCCCGCGGAGAAAGUGCUGACCAGUGCCUAAGCUCCGAUUCGGAUAGUUCUCAAGCGAGCUGUACGCCUUCGUCGCAGCCUAUGCUAUGGCCAGCGUGGGUGUAUUGCACCAGAUAUUCGGACAGGCCUUCGUCAGGACCGAGGUCUCGCAAACCAAAGAAGAAAUCCGCCAGCAAGGAAGACAAGCGACCACGGACUGCCUUCACUGCCGAACAACUGCAGAGACUAAAAGCUGAGUUUCAAACGAACCGGUACCUGACAGAACAGAGGAGACAGAGCCUGGCGCAGGAACUCGGCCUUAACGAGUCACAGAUCAAAAUCUGGUUUCAGAACAAAAGAGCCAAAAUUAAAAAAGCCACGGGAAACAAGAACACUUUGGCCCUGCACUUGAUGGCGCAGGGACUUUACAAUCACGCCACCACAGAAAAAGACGACAAAUCAGACAGCGAUUAACGGCGGACAACAACAGAAAAUAUACAAUGCAAUAAUUUCGUAAAAAAUAACAAGGGCCAGUGUAUAAAACAUACCAGCAUUUAUGUUUUGAAAUAUAUGUAUUAGAUAUAAUUCUGCAAUAUUGUGUAUAUAUAAUUUACGAAUAAGAGUCGCUUUCGAGUCUUAUAAAUCGACGUUUUCAUCGUUAAACUUUAGACGCCAUUACUGGGAAAAGCUUUUUUUCAGUUAAGUUUCUUUCUAACAAUCGCUUCUCAUGGGUACUUGACAUUUAGACAAAUUUGACAGUUAAAAAGUUAAAUACCAAUUUGCUGAAGUCCAAAGAUUUUUCUGCUGCAUUCAGGCAACUGUGAAUCGAAAUAAAUUGCUGAUUGUUAAGAUAUAUUUUAUUUCCAUGUUUGUUUGUUUGUUUGUUUUAUAUUCCGCUGUUAUGUUUGGCUGGUUGGAACGACUUCGUUGGCUAUUCCAUGUAGUGUUAAACGAAGUGUCUGUUUUUUGAGUCUCGAUUAAAAUUUGUAUUUAUGUCCACACAAGAGCAGAAAACAAUUCAUUUUUAAAAUUAUAUUCAUGGAGUAUACUUUGAUUUCCUGAAAAAAUAUAUAUUGGCUACAAAUGAAUUCUAAGUCGGAGCGCAUAAAAGUUUGGCAGCUGUACUUUUGGCUAAUUCAGCAGCUAUACAAAGUUACCGAACCAUAUUCUACAUUACUGACGCAGCGGAGAGAACCCGAUAUCUAAUGACCUUCUCCGAGCCAAACUGAAAUCAUUUUGUACUUGAUCUGCAUACUUUCCAAGGCUUCUAUCAUCAAAAUAUAGUUUUUAUGCAAGAGCAAUAUAACCUUUUUGUAAGACUUUUUAAAAUAGUUAUUAUUUAUACAGUAUAUGACGGGAUUGAUUUUUUAAGCAAAAAAAAAAAAACGGUAUCUUUUUCUUCAGAGCAAACGUUACGCGAUUUAAUCUGUGCAAAAAAAAAAAAACAACUUUUAAUAACAAAUAUAUAGAAGUAUACAUAUGAAACAGUAUAAAUACAGGCAUCAAAAUCACCCUAGUUUGUAACAAUGGUGUUAAAUGCUGUUGUUGUUGGCAAAAUCGUGACAUGCCGUUUUAUUCAUACAGAUUAUAUUGAAACUAUCCAAUAACCGGCGUUGCUUCCUGAGAGUAGAUCACGAGGUGUUUAGAUUGCCUGUGUGUCUUGCAAUAACUUCGUUUGGCGAAUGGAACGCUUUCUGGGGCCUUUGCAUGAAAACUGAAGAUUGUGAAAUCUGGACAGAUAACCGUGUUUAUGAUCCUAGAUUCAAAAUCAUAAAAUACUAAGUUGCAGAUCGUAUACCAAAUUAUGGAAUUUCGUUCCUGUGAAUUGUGUUUUACUGUAUAGUUAAAGUGUGUAUGAAUUCAAAUCCACCAAACUGAACACACUUGCCUUAAAAGUUCAAAACAGAACUUUUUUUUUCUCAGAACUGUGUGCUAUGGUACCGAAAUAAGCAUUUUGUUUGUAUCAGGAAUUUUGCCUUUACAAGCAGGUAGACAACACAAUGAAUUUUCAAAAGUAAAGUUUAUAAAUGUAAAAGAAGGACGAGAUGGGGGAAAUAUCUGCGAUGUAACUGAAUUUUAUGUGGUUAUGAUUUGAAGUAUCCUUUCAUAUAAUACAAAUGUAUAUAAUUUGUAUAAUGUUUAACUGUACUUAACUGCCUCUCGAUGACUGGAAGAAAAAAAAAUAAACCUCGAAGGGACUCUUC